AUGUUUGGUCCACAGUGGAUCCUGCGAGAGAAGAUUCUCUCGCAAUUCCAGCGACAGGGAAGCGGCAAGAAAAGAAGAGAUGUCAAGGAUGUUAAGAGCAUGAUGGGACUUUGCAAGACUGGAGCAAGUGAGCUUGACUUUAGCGGGGACGACAAUCUAAAGCAAGCGUUGAGUAACCUUCUGGGCAAGAAACCGGAACUUGCCGACGAACUCAAGGCCUUGAUCAAAUGUCCGGGUGCUUUUGGCGCCAACUAA